AUAAAUAUCAUUAUGUUACUACUAAACAUUUAUCAUGAAGUUACACUUUCAAGGCCAUUAAUGAGGCAUUUCAUCUGAUAUAUUGUACCUUAAAACCCUCACUGAUGUAACCGUGUAUUCAAUGAACAAAUGAAACUGCCAUCAUCGUUUUUUUCCCAAUUAAUACAGCAUCGUAGAGACCUUUUUCAAUGAGAUCUCAUGCUCUCGUUUUGUUUCUCUUCACACUCCACAAAACACACACACACACACAAAUGAGAGGAGGCAUCCUUGAAGUGCUUCUUGUUAAUGCUGAAGGCAUUAGACACACAAAACUUAUUGGAACCCAAUCGUACUAUGUCGUUAUCGAAUGUGGAACUCAAGUACAUAGAAGCAAAGUAUCAUCAGGUGAAGAUGAUAAGGCUUGGUGGAAUGAAAAAUUCCUAUUUGAGCUCCCUAUGUCUGAUUGGAAAAACUUGACACAUCUCAAAAUAAGAAUCAUGGACACAGAAUUCCUCACAGACAGUGCAUUUAUUGGUGAAACAAUGAUUUACCUUGGUGGAAUAGUUUUAGAGGGAGCCGAAAGAGACUUUAUAGAAAUAAAACCGGCUCCAUAUAAUGUGGUGCUUGAAGAUGAUACCUACGAAGGACAGAUAAAGAUUGGGAUUAAGUUCAUUGCUAAUGUAAGAAUUAAUGGCAAUAGAUUAAAGUCUCAUCCUAAUUCUUGUCGUUGAUUUUGCAUAAUUAAGCAGCCACUACCUUUUGCAGGAAGAAGUAAAUGUAGUAGAGUCAAGAGAUAACAUUGAAGAGGAAAACGAACCAACAAAAUCCAUAUGUAGCACCCUUGUCAAAUUAUGGAGAACUUCAAGGGGAAGCUCUUG